CUCGGACCGUACGUCGCGUCAACGGCGAAGAUGUCGCCCGCGGAGUGGAAGACCGCGUGCGCGUCCACGUGGCAUCACUUCAAGGACGAACUCCGGCAUUACUGGAUGGGGACGAAGCUGUUGUGGGUGGAGGUGAAGAUCGCGCGCAGGCUGCUGUUUAAGACGUUGAGGGGCGAGCCGCUGACGCGAAGGGAACGGAGGCAGAUGACGCGGACGACGGCGGACGUGUUUCGUCUCGUCCCGUUCGCCGCGUUCGUGUUGAUACCGUUCAUGGAGUUCUUACUCCCCGUCGCGCUGAAGCUGUUCCCGUCGAUGCUCCCGACGACGUUCCGGAACGAGCUCAAGCACGAGGAGGAGCUCAAGAAGAAGCUGAACGCGAAGCUCGAGGUGGCGCGAUUCCUUCAAGACACGGUCAGCGUGAUGGCGAAAGGUCUGAAGCAAUCGAGGUCCGGGUACACGCGCGAGAGGGCGAGCACGCUGUACGACUUCAUGAAGAAAGUCCGCGCGGGCGACGCGAACGUGAAGAACGACGACAUCACGCGGUUCGCGAAGCUCUUCAAGGAUGAGUUCACGCUCGAUCACAUCUCAAGAGGGCAACUCACGAACAUGUGCAAGCUCGUCGGGCUGGCUCCGUACGGCACGGACACGUACCUGCGGUAUCAGCUCCGCAACAAGCUCCGCGAGCUGAAGCAGGACGACAAGCAGAUCAUGUCGGAGGGCGUGGAGAACAUGUCCGUCGCGGAGCUGCAGUCCGCGUCGAGGGCGCGCGGGAUGCGUUCGGACACGCACGACAGGAACAUCCUCGAGCGUCAACUCAAAGAUUGGCUCGAGCUGUCGCUCGAGAAGAGGCUCCCGCCGUCGCUGCUGGUUCUCUCGCGC